AUGCGCUUCUCGACAUUUAUCACACUGGCCGCUGCACCGCUGCUGGCCCUCGCUGCACCUCAACAACAACAACAAGUCCAGGACACGCCGCUGGUCACCGCCGCACCCGAGAGCCAAAGCACUGCAUCACUGCCCACACAAACAGUAGCCCCCGGCGAUGCCUGGAACGCAGAAGCCUCAAAUGUAGUACUAGAGUGCGUACUCCUACUCUCUGCCUCAGCUCCAACCUCAGUACUAACAAAACAAAAACAGNNACUCCGUCAAGACCCCAACCUCCUAGCCACAAAAGCAGCAACACAAGUGCCCGCUACGCAAGACUACUGGAUCGCCGACCACUGGGACUCAGCCCUGAGCACAGAGAUUUGGUCCGAGGUCUUCUAUACCCAGACCUUCGUGUCCGCUCCCGGACAAUUGACCACCGCCGGCGCCGGUGAGAUCGGUAUGGGCACGAUUACAGGCGAGAUCGGUAUCGCAAAGGCCGCAACUGGUGCUGGAGCAUCAGUUAUGCCUCAGGGCUCGCUGUUCACAGUGUGUUUAGGUAUGGCUGGUGUCGCUGCUGGCAUGGGCGUUGUGUUGCUGUAG